ACCACCACAGAGUUAUAACAGGAUAUAACAGGCAUAACUGCACGUUUAAACAUUUAACAAUAAUUCACAUGUGGCAGGUGGCAUAGUUCAGUAUUAUGCAACAGUUGAUUUUGCAAUCCAGUAGGAGGGAAUAAGAAGUGUAUUUAAAUGUAAUAAGAGGACAUGGAAACACAUCCGUUUUGUCUUAACUUAAGAUUUCAAGUGAAGUUUAAUUAAGUUGCAGUACAAUACAGUGCAACACAAAAGAAAUCAAUUAAUAACUACUCUGUGUGAAACAACCUGUUGUAGGAAUGGACUAUUUAGAAACUUUAUUUUUAAUUCUAAUUCUUAAAUAAAUCCUUCUGCAUUGCAAUAUGACAUCAUAAGAAAAGUUCGUUGUCACGUCAAUAACAAAUGGACCAAAUCGGAGCUUUUUCAGCAUUCAUAUGCACUUCGUUUUUUAAGCAAAUUAAAAUAUCUUAUUUCUGAUUAAUUAUUUGUGUUACAUAGGAACAAGUAAUUAAUAAGAACAUUUCCUGACAUUCUAAAACUAUAUAUACUGGUUGAUUUCGGCCUGAAGUCUGUGGAUAUGCACCCAUACGCCAUAUUUUCCAUAGCAGCCGUCAAGCCUUAGUCUGCCUUUCAAAGCUGUUUUCCCGUAGAUUGUCUUAUCAGGGGCUGGCAUAGCUGCACAGCGGGACAGCUGAUGGGAGGAGUCAACUCAACUGAACUCAAACCUCUAUGUAUUCCAAAAGAACUUACACAACACCCAAACAGUCAUUUAUUUAGCACCAGCAGGUCUAUAGAAAUGUAAAGUUGACUUUGUCCAGCAAGAGUCUCUCCUGAAUGUGUUCAACAAACAGUAGUGUUCUCCCACUGAGGAGAGCCUGUGAGGUAUUACCAACUCCAGGCAGGGUGUGUGGGGGAGCGCCCAUGCCACCUUCUUUCCCUGGACCCAGGCCUCAUGGAGCUCCACAGGACGCAGAAAUUGAUGUAGCUUGGCAGGAACUGAUGGCCAUCUCAGAGCUCCAGCACUUUGAAGUCCCUGCAGAUGGCUCCUAUGUAGCACCACAGUACCAAACUAUGGAGCCCAUGAACCCGAUGGGAGGAUAUGAGAUGGCUCAGUCCCACACUGCGUGUGAUCUCAGUUCCACUGUCACUUACAAUGGAUGUUACUCCGAAGAAGUGCCCAAGUAUCGGCAAAGCAGCCGAGUAGAGCCAAUGUUCGGACACUCUGAAUAUCAGCUCAAUCAAAGAAUGCAUCCCAUCUCCUCUCAGGCUCUGCCUUCGCUCAUUAGGGAACAGAUAAACAUGUCAGGUAACAGUCAGGGACACAGGACAGCCAACGCUUGUUUCUCUCAGGGUAUAAGUCAGCACAUGAUAUGGACUAAUCAUAGACCAGAUGUUCACUUGACUGAUGAUCCAGAGUCAGACUCUGGUCUGUCUCUGGGUUCGACUCCACCUCUGGCCUCUCCUGAUAAUCCUGUUGGUGGUGUUCCUGGGUACCAGAGUGUAGACAUAGGUAUGGCGUAUAGUGAUAGCGAAGUAGACAACAUUGUAGAACAAACCAGAAGAGCACAUGUGAAUUACUCAAUGGAAUAUCAGAGUCAGUCUCAGUCAUAUCUACAUUCAGUUUCCGAGCCUAAUUUUUCACCCCAGCCCUCUGCAUCUCUUACACAGCCCAAUGAACUGACUGCACAGUCCAUGAAACAAGGACCAGCUGCCAUUCUGAACAACCUUUUCAUUGACUCUGGCGUGUCCAGCAGAGGGAGCUCACUGCAUGACAUCUAUACAAAGACACCAGGAAGCAGCUCUUCCCCAGUGAGCAGAGACCAACGGCGGGCAAUGGCUUUGAAAAUCCCCUUCCCCAUUGACAAGAUCAUCAAUCUCCCUGUAGAUGACUUUAAUGAGCUUCUGACACAUUACACCCUAACAGACAGUCAACUAGCACUUGUCAGGGACAUAAGACGAAGGGGCAAGAACAAGGUAGCAGCUCAGAACUGCAGGCGGAGGAAGCUUGAGAGUAUAAUUCACCUUGAACGAGAAUUGAACCAGCUGCAAGCCCAGAGAGAGCACUUGGCCAAGGAAAAGAUGGAGUUCCAACACAACCUAGGCUUUAUCAAACAUCGCCUGACAGACCUCUAUACUGAAGUCUUUUCUCAUUUGAGAGAUGAAGAUGGACAACCUUACUCUAUAGAUGAAUACUCCCUACAACAAACCCCUGACGGUAAAAUUUAUUUGGUACCUCACAGAUACGCCAAGUGAGGAACAACACUGAAGAGCUAGUGUCUUCAUUCAUGAUACUGCGCAGGGUUGUUUUUCUAGUGAUUAAUUCACUAGAACUCUUUCAUUGAUAAACAGCAAAACAACUCCAGUUUCUUAUGAAUAUACUUUAUUUAAAAAAAAAGGAAAGUAUAAAAGCAUUUUUUUUUUAAAAAAACUGCACAGCAGUUAAAAGGGUAAAAAAAAAGACUUCAGCACCAACAUGAUUGUUCAACCUACGGGUGGGGGGGAA